UGGCGCACCUUGAAAGAGAGAUAUGAUUUGGCCUGUUUAUAAAAGGGGCAGAACUCCCUUCAGUGCCACGCUUGCAGCGACUGUCUGAUGAUGAUGCCGAUGCUGGGAGUUUUCAUCUCUGUUGCCCUCAUCCUGGGCACAGCAAAUGCAGCUUCUUUGGGAUCUGUGUACACCGAGGGAGGGAUGGUACAGGGAAAGAGUCAUAGUGUUGGACUCUUCCGCUAUAUGGACGUGUUCAAGGGAAUCCCCUUCGCAGCUCCACCUGGCAGAUUACAGAAGCCCGUUCCUCACCCGGGCUGGGACGGUGUUCUGAAAGCCACUGACUACAGAAUGAGGUGCAUGCAGCUCAAUCUUCUCGCUACUGAUGUCGUGGGCAGUGAGGACUGUCUCUACCUGAACAUCUGGGUUCCUCAGGGCAACACUGUUUCUACAAAUCUGCCUGUUAUGGUGUUCAUCUAUGGUGGUGGCUUCUUGCUUGGCGGUGGUCAGGGUGCAAACUUCUUGGACAACUACCUGUACGACGGACAGGAGAUUGCAGACAGAGGAAAUGUCAUUGUGGUGACAUUCAACUACCGUGUCGGAUCUCUCGGAUUCCUCAGCAGCGGAGAUGCUGAUGCACCUGGAAACUAUGGUCUGUGGGAUCAGCAUGCUGCUAUCGCUUGGGUGCACAGAAACAUCAGGAAUUUUGGUGGCAAUCCAGACAACAUCACCAUCUUUGGGGAGUCAGCAGGGGGAGCCAGCGUCAACUUCCAGAUUCUUUCCCCUAAAAACAAGGGCCUGAUCCGCAGAGCUAUCUCACAGAGUGGUGUUGCUCUCUGUCCCUGGGCUGUCAAUAGAAAUCCACGACAGUAUGCUGAAGAGAUUGCAAGAAAGGUCGGAUGUCCUACUGAUAGCGGGAUGGUGGCUUGUCUGAGGAGGACAGAUCCAAAGACUGUGACUCUUGCUGGGAAUGUGAAAUUCAGUACAUCUGCUUCUCAUCCAAUUGUACACAAUCUGGCUUUGUCACCAGUAAUUGAUGGUGAUUUCCUCCCCGCCGAACCUGAUACACUUUUCGGGAAUGCUGCUGACAUUGAUUACAUCGCUGGAGUCAAUGACAUGGACGGCCACAUCUUUGCCACCCUUGACAUCCCCUCGAUCAACAACGCACUGGUGUCCACCCCUGUGGAGGAGGUCAGGGCUCUCUCGGUUGCCUUGUCUGAAUCUAGAGGAACAGAUGCUGGUAUCGCAACUUAUGAGGAGUACACAGUCAACUGGGGUAGCAAACCUAGUGAUUCGGACAUUAAGAAAACAGUUGUGGACAUGGAGACAGACUACAUCUUCCUGGUGCCAACCCAAGCGGCCCUGUACCUCCACUCGGACCAUGCCAAAUCUGGACGAACCUACUCCUACUUGUUCUCUGAGCCCUCUCGUAUGCCUAUCUUCCCACUUUGGAUGGGUGCCGAUCACGCUGAUGACCUUCAGUAUGUGUUUGGGAAGCCUUUCGCCACUCCUCUGGGCUACUUUCCUCGCCAUCGUGACGUCGCCAGAUAUAUGAUUUCCUACUGGACCAAUUUUGCUCAAACUGGUGACCCUAAUAAGGGUGAGUCCAGUGUUCCUGUAACCUGGCCUGAGUUUGCCAGCAAUGGCCAUCAGUACGUGGAAAUCAACAACAACAUGAACAAAAACAGCGUGAAGCAGAUGUUGAGAACGCGUUUGGUUUACUACUGGACUACCGUCUUUUCCAGCUUCCCUGGUGUCCAGAAGAACUGAGCACUAUCAACCCGACUCGAGAAUCAUGCAGCUGUUUUAGCAGUGAAUAUGAUUCUGAGAUUCAUGCAAUAAACAAAACAUACAAUGAUCUAAACAA